AUGACACUGCAGAGUUGUGGGAUGCAAAACAUUCCCCACCUCAGGACUCAGCAGGCCUGCAAAAAGCCCCAAGGCCAUGGGACAAGGAUGUCCCGCCCCUCCACAACCAGCAUAAAAGCCGGACCAGAGCCUCUCUCCCUCACACACUUCUCCUCACACCUUCUCCUCCUGCUGACAAACAGGACCCUCCACACCACACCCAUGGCCUGCAACAACCUCUGCUCCCCCUGCGGACCCACCCCGCUGGCCAACAGCUGCAACGAGCCCUGUGCCCUGCAAUGCCAGGAUUCCCGCGUCAUCAUCGACCCUGCCCCUGUGCUGGUGACCCUGCCAGGACCCAUCAUGACCUCCUUCCCCCAGAACACCGCCGUCGGAUCCACCUCCUCGGCUGCUGUUGGCAGUGAACUCAAUGCCCAGGGACAGCCCAUCUCGGGUGGAUUUGGCUUUGGCCUUGGCUACGGCCUGGGAGGCCUGGGCUGCUACGGCAGAAGGGGCGGCUACAUCUGCUGA